AUGUUAGAAUUAUCCCAUGGAGCUCUCACUUUUUCACCCCAUCAUGGGGAGAUUGCUGGCUUCACUAAUUUUGUGCAGGAAGCCACCCCUUUCAAGUACCCAGAAGACAUUUUUCUUCAUUUCUUGUGGAUCGAACAUUUCAGUUGUACAACUUUGCAUUCUGACUGUAGAAUCACUGAAAACUGUCUGCCCAAUGCCUCCUUGGAAAUGUUGCCAGGCAGUAUUUUUAAAAUGGCCAUGACUGAAGAGAGUUACAAUGUAUACAAUGCUGUGUAUGCAGUGGCCCACAGUCUUCAUGAGAUGACUCUCAGUCUAGUUCAAGUUCAACCACAGGCAAAUAAAGAUUGGAGUAUGUCAUUUCCCUGGCAGCUUCACCCUUUUCUUAAGAAUAUUCAAGUGAAAAAUUCUGUUGGUGAUGACGUGGUUCUGGACUGGAAAAGGAAGAAAGAUACAGAGUUUGAUAUUACCAACAUUUGGAACUUCCCAACAGGUCUUUCAUUAUUAGUGAAAGUUGGUACAUUUGCUCCCAGUGCUCCCAAGGGGGAACAAUUGUCGAUAUCUGAAUAUAUGAUUAACUGGCCAAUAGGAUUUACAGAGAUUCCUCGGUCUGUCUGCACUGAGAGCUGCAGUCCUGGAUUCAGGAAAGUUGUCCUGGAGAGCAAGCCUGCCUGUUGCUUUGGCUGCACUCCCUGCCCAGACAAUGAGAUUUCCAAUGAGACAGGUGAAGGACAAGUUGUCUUCAACACAAUUUAUGCAUGUAAAACAACAGGUUAUACAAAGAAAUUAAGUUCUUGUGAAGAGUGUGAAUGA